CGCGCACUUGUGUUCUGUGCUUGUCCAGUGACGACCGCCCAGAAAUUUUGACGUGGCUACUACGUAUCGCCCGUUUACCCACUCCGAUUGCAGCAAAGUUGGUGACGAGAGGAAUACGUAACUGGUGCCUCAGUCUUUAGGUGAUGGACGGAAUGGUGGAAGAGAAUGGUCAAGUUGAUCCAUUGGCCCCCUCCCCUGAUCCUCAGGGCCCGAUAGCAUCAUCGGUAGGGGUCACUAAUUCCCAACCUCAUCUGGUGGCAGCUACUAACAUUGUACAGCUCACCCUACCUUCUCAUACGCAAGCACAGGUACAAAGUGUCAUUCAACCCAAUCAACAGUCAGUAAUUCAAACGGCAGCCAACAUUCAACCUAUGCUCAGUAAGGGGAACGUCAUAUUAGUUAGUAGCAAACCAAAUUCUGUUAUACAAACGACACAGGGAAGCCUGCAGACUUUGAGAGUGGUAGAAGCCGGAAGUGAUGACAGUUUUUCCGAGGAAGAAUCUCCCAAGAAGCGAAGAGACUUGCUUACCAGGAGGCCGUCGUACAGAAAAAUUCUCAACGAUCUUGGCGGGGGUGAGAUAGCUGAAGGAAAGGUCGAGCAAACUUCUUCGGAGGCGGACAGUGAGUUGUCCUCACACUCUAUCCCAUACCACACAGUGCUACCCGCAACAGCAAUUCAAAUUUCUAGUGGUGAGGGAGGUCAAGGUAUUCAUACAUUAACGAUGACGAACUCUACGGCUGGGGGAGCUAUCGUACAAUACGCACAGGGCCAAGAAUUCUUCGUACCAGGUAUUUUUGUGGCCCAGAGCGGCAACAUAUCGGGCAGCGCGGGCGAAGACCAAGCCAGGAAGCGAGAGAUGAGGCUCCUAAAGAACCGUGAAGCAGCGAGGGAAUGUCGAAGGAAAAAAAAGGAAUACAUCAAGUGCCUGGAGAACAGGGUGGCCGUGCUAGAGAACCAAAACAAAGCGCUCAUCGACGAACUGAAAUCCCUCAAAGAACUCUAUUGCCAACAGAAAACCGAAUGA